UUGUUAUUCACAACCAAUUUUCAAAAAUGAAGAUACAGUACGACGAAGAUCAGAUUUUAGGGCGAGGUGACUACUCGAUCGUCUUCCGUGGCACUUUCAAUCGCCAACCUGUCGCUGUGAAGAGGAUCCAGCUGAUUGACGCUAGCAACAACGAAGAGCUAGCCCUAUCAUUGGUUAAUCUGCAUCAUCCCAACGUCGUCAAACUUUUACAUUCAGAGAGCGAUGCGUAUUUUCGCUAUUACGCCCUGGAACUGUGUGCCGGCUCGCUGGAUCAGCUCUUCUUCAACGAUCAGGAUCCGAAAAAAUACCGUGGUCCUAUGCCAGCUUACGAUCUCAUCGUUUUGCAUCAACUCGCUGCUGGUCUUCUGUACAUCCAUUCAAACGGUUUGGUUCACGGCGACGUCCGUCCGGAGAACGUCCUCAUCUCGACGGGUACGGCCGGUAGUCGACAACGAGUUCUCAUAAAAUGGGCCGAUUUCGGACUGUUUCGGGAGAGGGAAGACAGAUGGAUAAGAUCCAUCUGGUUGGCACCGGAACUGAUUGAUCAGUCGGAAAAAGGAAACCAUCGAAACGGCCAGCUGAAGAGACGAGUAGACACGGCCGAAAGUGACAUGUUCUCCCAGGGCUGCGUCUUCUUUUACUUCCUAAUGGGCGGACUCCAUCCAUUCGGUGCUCCGUGGGAAGUGACGUCCAACGUUGUCAAGAAUAGGGCUGUGAAUUUCACGAGAUUAUUGCCCGGUCAUUUUGCUCGUGGAGUAAUUCAAAAGAUGCUUGAACACGAGCCGGAAGAUCGCGUUACGUCAGCUGAGGUCGUCCAGCAAUUUGGUGCCAUCAUGAAACCUCAAGAGGUGAUGAAUAAUGAUUUUGAUGACGAACAGUAUCAACAAAGAGGAGUGGAACUGCUGGAAUUGUGUGCCAAUCCAGAUCCGGAUGUGGAAUCCAUCUGCGAGUUGAUUGACGAAGGAGUCGAGUUGAAUUGUACCGGAGAGGAAGGCAUGACGCCAUUGCUCUUACUCUGUCGUUGGAACCAAACUCCUCGAUUGCACGUUUGUCUGAAGUUAUUGCUCGUUGAGCGUGAAAUUCAUUACACUCCCGUCGACAUCAAUUGCCGCGAUAUCAACGGCUGGAACGCGUUGUUGUACCUCUCACGUCACUAUCCGAGCGAAGACCUGCUGCACAUUAUCCACCUGCUAAUCGAUCACGGCAUCCAAGUCGAUUGCAAAAAUGAAGACGGAGAAAAUGCCCUGCUCUUCCUGUGCCAAUAUUAUUCCAACGAUAAUUUAAUCGACAUCAUUCAACUGUUGAUUCAACAAGGAAUCGACGUCGAUUGUUGCGACCACAACGGCUGGAACGCUCUGCUUUACCUGUGCCUUCAUUAUUCCAAUCACAACCUGAUCGACAUAAUCGAACUGCUCGUUCAUCACGGCAUCAACGUGAAUUGCACGAACAAUUACGGCAACAACGCUCUUCGUUAUUUGUGCCAGUAUUAUUCCAAAGAUAAUCUGCUUAGCAUCAUCCAGCUGUUGAUACGCAAUAGCAUCGACAUCAACAGUCGGAAUAAUUACGGUAACGAUGCUCUCCGAUACCUGUGCCAAUAUUACGCCAAAGACGAUCUCGUGUCCAUCGUGCAAUUGCUCAUUGAAAACGGGAUCAAUCUGACGCUGAUGAAUCACGAAGGAUGGAACGCCUUGUUGACUGUUUGUCAAUUUUAUACGAACGAUAACCUGGCCGACAUUGUCCAGCUGUUGAUUCAAAACGGAGUCAACGUCAACGGUAAAAACAAAGACGGCUGGAAUGCGUUGAUGUUAGUGUGUCGCUACUACACCAACGAACAUUUGAUUGACGUCAUUCAAAUUCUCAUCGAGAGUGGAAUCGAAUUGAACAGCCGGACGCCGAACGGAUCCAACGCUUUACUGAUCUUGUGUGCCAAUUACUCGAAAGAUAAUCUAAUUGCCAUCGUUAAAUUAUUGACGCGUAAUGGAAUCGAUGCCCGUUGCAAAGACAGCGACGGUGGCAACGCUGUUCGUUACGUACGCCGGUGGUAUAAAGGUGCCAACGUGUUAGAAAUUACGCAACAUUUGAUUACGAACGGCUGCGGUGGCGACAGUUGAAUUGAUUUCAUGGUCUGCCCAGAUGGCGACAUCAUCUACUUUUGGCCAAUCAACUUAAGAUGUAUGGUUAUUUCUUAGAAAGAAUUUUAAUUUAUAAUAACCAGUUGGUAGAAAAUACUUUGGAUUGGAAACAAUUGAAUCAGUUGGAAUAGAUGCAUCUUCGACAGUGUCUUCUCUUAUAUCAUCUGAGCCUUUAUUCCACUUAACCAGGUAUUUAUGUACAUAUUUGCGGAUAAAUCUGGUUCAAACAGGAAUGGAAAUAGUUAUUUUAACAGCAUGUGUCGGAUACAUCAUUUCAUGCCUCAAAUCACGUUUACACGCGGCGCUCUCCGCGUUGACAUUUCUUCUUGCGAACAUUUAUUUUUGUUUCUUAUCAAAAUUGAAUCACUCAUGUUACCUAAAUGUAAAUCGGCAGAUACUGGCCUGAUUUUGGUUACUGCAUGCAAAAUUACUUUGGCAGAUUCUGACCAAAUGUCUGCGUCGCAUCCAAAAUCAUCGGACAUCAUUUUGAUUAGCCUGAAUAAAAAUGCGUUAUGCAUAGUUAAAUAAGAA